UCUCUCUCUCUCAAAACAGAGAGAACCAGAGCAAUGUCACUACCAACAGCUCUGCUACAAACCCAAACCUCCAAACUCUUCUCUCUCCCUGCACCUCUCACUCUCUCUCCACCCAACCGAACCCUGACAUUCCCACGAAAAACCCCCACUCUCUCAACCUCCUUACGCUCAGUCCCAAGCCAACAACAAGAAUCCAACGCCAAUUACGAAGACGAAGAAGAAGAACACGUCAUCGGGGAUUGCGUCGUAUUCGAGGAGGGUAUAUUCGAAGACCCUUACCUUCAACAAGCCCUCGAUUCUCCUCUAAACUCGCCGAAAUGGAACAACAACAACAGUAGUAAUCGAAAAGUCGAAGUCGAGGCGGAGGAUUUGGUUCCGGAGAAAUGGAAGGAUGUUCAGGCGGAGAUCAACAUAACGAAGAAGGAGAAGCGGGUGAUGAAGCGGGAAAUGGAGUUUGGGCGAAGGGUUGAGAGGAUGAGGCAGGGGUUGGUUCCGAUUGAGGGUAGUGGGUUUAGAGUUAGGGUUGAGGAGUAUGUGGCGGGUAGGAGUGAGAAGUUGGUGGUUAAUGAUGGGAAUGAGAGGAAGGGUGGAGAGAGGAGUGAGAGAGUGGCGCCAAGGAACCCUAGGUUGGGGGUUUAUGGGGGGACUUUGGAUGAUAUUACGGAGUUUUUCAGUAGUGGGAGCUAUGAUCCUAAAUCUACCCAAAACAAUGAAGGCCACCGUAAGUUGUUUACAAAGGAGGAGAAGGUGCUACUUAAUAGGCGGAUACCUGAAUUGUCUGCUGCGACCUCUGACAAGUGGCAACCUCUUCACUCCCUUGCUGCAUCAGGAGAGUUUUACCUUGUCAAUGCUUUGUUUAAACAUAAUGUUGAUAUCAACAUCAAGGACAAGGAUGGGCUGACUGUGCUUCACAAAGCAGUAAUUUCCAAAAAGCAAGCGAUAUUUAACUAUCUUUUGAGAGAAUCUGCAAAUCCUUUUGUUCGAGACAAAGAUGGGGCCACAUUGAUGCACUAUGCUGUUCGCACAGCUUCAAGUCCAAUGAUAAAAGUUCUUCUCUUGUAUAAUGUUGAUAUAAACCUCCAAGACAAUGAUGGCUGGACACCGUUACAUCUUGCUGUUCAAACUCGCAGAACAGACAUAGUGAGACUUUUGCUAAUCAAAGGAGCUGAUAAGACAGUAAAAGCCCAAGAUGGUUUAACACCACUUGACCUUUGCCUCUAUUCUGGUCAAGAUGCGAGGACCUAUGAGCUAAUCAAGCUGAUGAAACAGCUUCCCAAGCCGCGGUAACAGCUUUGACUACGGACUGACUCAUCAUUGUUAUGGUUUGCCGGCUCGCUGUCGAUUUACACCAUUUACCGGGAUCAUGUGAUUUUGACAAAGAAGAAAAUGCAGCUGAGGCUACAAACAGCAGUGGGCUUUGUUGCCUCCUCCCACCCUCGUCUUGAGGUUUGUCUCUCUAAGAUUGAGUCCAAUAGUUUAAGCAGCCAUUGCUGCAGGAAAUCUUAUUAUCUAUCGGUUAAUGAAAUUCCCUUGAAUCUGAUGGUGGUGGUCUGAGCAAAGCAUUAAUGGGUUUGUUUGUAAAUUGUAAAUGACAAUCAGUAUAGGUGAGACAUUUUCCCCUGUGUUUAGGGCCUUAAAUGUAACAUAGACUAAUAAGAUUAAAGCAUCUUCUGAGACGUGUUUGUGAUGAAA